AUUUGGUAAAGUGAGAUUUAGGUUUUUCUCUUCUUCUCUCCGCAAUUUGGUAAAGCAAGUGAGACUUAGGUACUUCAUUAAUUACUGAAAACAAGAAAAAGAAGAAUCCAGAUAGUGUGGAUCAAACGGUUGGACUUUCCAUAAAUGAUCGAACGGCUGGGCAUUUCUACACUCAUGUAGGGUCGGACACGUGCCUUACGCUCUUCUUAAAUACAGGGAUACAAAUGAAGAAGGCGCUCACCACAAGACAUCCUCCAAUAGAUGUUUAUUGUAUCUGUAGGGAAGUGACAGAGGUAAUGGAGAAAUUGCAUGCCGCGGAUGCUGAAACCAUCCCUCUUGCCAGCAAUAUACAAAUGGUCAACAUGGUGAAUAACUACGUCAUUAUGUCCUACGGGCUUCUUCACGAUGAUUAUGAAUACGGAGCCAUAACUGAGAGUUGCCGAAAGGAUGUGCUGCUCUUAUUGAGGGAGUUAUUUCCGAGGAAAAUAUAUUUGUGGGAAAAUUAAUUCCAUCAACAAGUCAGUCUAAUUAACAAAGGACUAGAAAUUGUAAGUUUCUUUCGGUGCUAAACACAUGGGCCAAACCUUAGAGCCAACAUCCGUGUUUAUACUUUGACUCCUUAUUAAGGUGCCUCAGACAACAACUUUUGAGUUUGGCUGAUAUAAGAAAUGUUAAUUUCAAAGAAUUUGAUUGAUUUUCUUUGUUUUUGUG